AUGGGAGGCGAGCGCAGCUGUAGCCAAGACUGCACUCAACGUGAACUCGCGCUUUCAGCCGUGGGCAAAGCGGACAACCCACUCUUUUGGGUUUUCCUCCGACAAGACACAGCUUACCAGCUUAGCAUGAUACCGGUUCGCCUAAUUCCGUGGAGUUGCAAUCAAUCAUGCGCAAGCGCAAUACACACGCGCGACACACUUGUGCAAUCACAUACCAACCGACAGGUGUGGAAGGGGCCUCUUUCAGGCAUCGUCUAG